AUGGAGGGGGUACCACCUGGCAUUCAACUCUCGUCGCAAUGUUCGACCGUCGCCAACCGCAGCGCUCAAUUGAGCAUCGGAUUCGAGAAGUUGGCGGCGCAGACGAACGCCGGGAGCCUCAUUCACGAUGAGCUGAGGGAGCUGGCGUCCAUCGUGAACGCACUGUCACAAGGCGCGGAGGAGCUUUCGGCAAACCUGGCCAGUGCGGCCAAUCUCCGUGAACAAGUUCGACGACAAAUCUCGUCGUCCAUGUCCUCAUGCGAACUACUCCUCGGUGGCGUGACAACUGACUUGGAGGCAGCCUUGUCAGCCUCGGCACGAGAACAAUCAGAACUACAACCCUUUACUGACGCUGCGGAGCUGUGGAGGCUUCACAUUGAGACUGUAUUUGCCUUUCAAGACAUUGUACACCUGGAAGACGGGGAACAGCAGCAGGGAGUCUUCGCGGCGCUUGAGACCAAACUCGAAGACAUCGAACGACUCAUGGCUGAGUUUCACUUGUCACACCCAGGACCAGCUCCUGCGGCACCUGAACCAUCAAUACCGUCGGAUAAACAAGGCGUGCUUCCUGACUACGAUACAGCUGUUGCUAGCUCAUCAACUCAUGUUGCUACAACACCAAGUUGUGACGUCGGGCACCAGCAAGACGAUGCACAGCCUGAGGUUCCCCUUUAUCAUGACUUGAGGCAACGGAAGGGUAAGUCGAAGGCCAAGUCAGCCAGAGCGAAAGGCGUCUUUGGCGGGUUCAACAAUAUUUUCAAGACGCUUUCCUCCAAAAUCAAUCCUAUCGAACCCCUCGUGACACCACUUUGUCACGCUGCGGCUAUUGGUAACAUCCCGCAAAUCAAGGGCCUUCUCGGCGAGGGCGCCAACAUCAACGGCCAUAAUGAGAAGGGAUACACCCCGUUGAUCAGCGCUAUUCUUGCAAAUCGCCUCGACGCCGUCAAUUUUCUCAUUGAUAAUUACGCAAAGAUCACCACGAAAGACUCGAUCAAGAACAUGCCGCCGUUGUUCCACGCUGCUGAGGCUGGAUAUACCGACAUUUUGAAGGUUCUCCUCAGCCAUGGCGCCGAUCCGAAGGCCAGCAACACCAUCGGAACUCCCCACUUCAUUGGGACAGUCGAGAAGGCUCCGCUUGCCUCAGUCGCCCUGCUUUUAGAGCACGGCGCAGACCCCAACGCUGUCAGCGCCGUUGGUCGACACGUCCUGGUCGCUGCCGUCCAGCGCAAAGACCUUCCUGCUGUCCGCCUUCUCCUCGACCAUGGCGCCAAAAUUUCAGCUACCAACAUCACCGGCCAGCCCCUACUGGGCGUCGCAGUGGCAAACAAGCAGCUCGACAUGGUCAAGCUUCUCAUCGACAAUGGCGCCGACGUGAACGCCCGCGCCGGGGCAAACGGGUGUCCCCUCUCCAUGGCCGUCAACUCGGGCAACAUUGAUCUCCUACGUCUGCUGCUCGCUUCCAACGCAAAUCCAGACGGCAAGGACGUCAAGAGCGCCCCCGUGCUCGUCAACGCUAUCUCCAGUGGCUCGCUUGAGAUUGUCACGAUGCUUCUCGAGGCGGGGGCCGACGCCGACUCCCGAGACAUUACGGGCCGCGCCGGCUUACUCCUCGCUGUUCAGCAAGACAAGCUUCAUAUCGCACGCCUCCUACUCAAGCAUGGCGCCGCCGCCACCAUAUCGAACCACUCGGGGACGCACUUCCUCACUGUAGUUGCGAAACAGUCCGUUUCGAGUGAGGGCGAAAAGUCUGAGCUGAUGCGACUGCUUCUCAAGGCCGGCGCCAACCCAAACAAACACUCGCUGCCGUGGGGGUAUCUAUCCAAUAUGCCGCUAGGCCACUGCAUCAAGCAUGAUAAGAUUGAACUCGUGCGCGUGUUAUUGGAAGGCGGGGCAGAUCCGCACAUCACCGUGGCGGCGAGUCCGAAUUCGCCAAAGUCACCGUUCGAGUAUGCGCUCAACCAUGACAAGGUGGAUGCGAUGCGCAUCAUGCUAGAGCACCAAGACCGAGACAAUAAGUGGUUCAAAGAGAGGGACCCUCUCAAGGCAGGAUUCUCGAAAGCGGUCGAGACAGGCAAGAGGGAAAUGGUGGACAUGUUUCUAAAUCAGGGGUUCGGAACCUUGGACCAGGCCAUAUUUCUCGCGGGAACUUCGGGGCAGAGGGAGCUGUUAGUGGCGCUCGAGCAAAGACAGAAUACCGGGUCAAGGCGUGCAUCACAAGCAGGAUCAUCCACGAAGUUGACUGAGCCGUCCGGUAGCCAGGAUGCGGACGAGGCCCCGCCAGCAUACGGAUCAAGGCGCUCAACUGGGCACAGUAUCGUGACCCAAACAGACCAUUAG